CUCCCUGAACAACACAGGCCAGAUACAUGAGCGGGUACUAUGGAGUAAGGUUGUUAGCUACCAAGAAUAAUGGACUUUCAGAUUCCACUACCCAAGUGAAAAGCAGCUGUCUAUCUCUCCCAUUUUCUGGCUCUUGUCAGCUUGCUUCAGGAUGUCAGGAGACUCUAAGGACAGUCCAGGGCUCCAGGGCCUGCCAGUGUUGGGCAAGGCCUGCUUAACCACGAUGGACAAAAAGCUUAACAUGCUGAAUGAGAAAAUUGACAAGCUCUUGCAUUUCCAAGAAGACAUCACAGAGAAGCUACAGUGUGUUUACCAAGGCCUGGGCCACCUUGAGCAAGUCCUGCACCGACUGGAAGCCUCCCGAGUUCCAGGCCCACCUGGUGCUGAGUCCUCUCCUUCAGCAGAUGGGCAUGUUGGGUGGCCAGUGGUCCUAGAGCUGGUGAAAGCUGUGCGGCAAGAUGGCAUGCAGCAUGGUGCCAGGGUAGAAGCCUUCUUUCAGAUGGUGAUGGCUUUGGACAAGGCCAUUGAUCUGGUGGGGGAAGUGUUCCAGAACUCAAAAGUGGUGGAUUUCAUCAUGCAAGGAAAUGUUCCUUGGAGGGAAGGAAGCCUAGUUGACUGCUCUGCUGAGGACAAAGAUCGAGUGGAAGAGAAAGAAGCAAAAUCAAAGCAUGCACUGAGCACCAGAGGUAUACAAGCAGAGAUCAAAGGACCUUGGGAAGGCCACAAGUUCAACCUCCCAGAGGGUAUUGCAGAGAAGCUGCCCCACAUGGAAUCUGACCUCAGCAAAGCAUCCUAUCCUCCAGGGCAGGAUGAUAGAGUUCCUGGCACAACACAGCCACCUUCUGGCAACCAGCUGCUAUCAGAAGAAGUGGAAACCAGAGCUCUUGUGACAUCCAGAGAGAACCAUAGGACUGAUCUGGUGUCUGAAGAACCCAACAAGGUUGGCGAGGCCCCUACUGAUCAGGAGGUCACACUGAGUGCAGAACAAGGGGUGUUGUCAUCCAGCAGGCCUGACUCUUGGCCCUCAGAAGAAAUCAUGAAGCUGACUUCAGGACCACCAGCCCAGGCCAAGACAGGUUACAGUGGUGGAGAAAUGUCUCCAAGGAUCUCUAUCAAUGUGCAGGAGACAGAUACACCUGGGGAGCUGCUUGUGUCACAAGGGAACAGCCUCACACCCACACCCCCUCUAGAUACUCCAGCUACAACUUGUCCAGGUGAGCAGGACCCAUCUGGGUCUAUGCGCUGUCCUCAGGCUCCUGGAGCAGAGUUGGAGACUCUGAUCCUGAAAGAAGUCAUAAAGUUGUCCCCACUGCAGAAGAGGAGCAGCAAUGAGGGAGAAAAGGCCAAGGAAGAACAAGGACCUGCCAUGGGACCAAGUGGGGCCAGGAGGGACAGAGAAGAUGAUGUUGGGGUCCUAGGCCUUGAGCGGGACAAAAUCUCAGGAAUAGGAAACACUGAGCCUGAGAUGGACUGCGCAACUGAAAGCAUUGGCACAGCAGAAGCAGGAGGGACAAUGCCUCUGGGAGCUGAGGCUGGCACCAUUAUUUUAGAUGAUACUCCAGCCCUGCCUGCCCCUUUUGAACACCGGAUGGUGAGUGUCAAGGAGACCUUGAUCUCGGCAGUUUACACAGUGUGCCAGCAUGAAGUCCUGGGAGGAGGACGAUUUGGCCAGGUCCAUAAGUGCACAGAGAAGUCCACAGGCCUCUCACUUGCAGCCAAGAUAAUCAAAGUGAAGACUGCCAAGGAUCGGGAGGAUGUUAAGAAUGAGAUCAACAUCAUGAACCAGAUAAGUCAUGUGAACCUGAUCCAGUUGUAUGAUGCCUUCGAGAGCAAGAACAACUUUACCCUCAUCAUGGAGUAUGUGGAUGGGGGUGAGCUCUUUGACAGGAUCACCAGUGAGAAGUUGCACCUGACUGAGUUGGAUGUGAUCUUGUUCACCAAGCAGAUCUGCGAGGGUGUACAUUACCUCCACCAGCAUUAUAUCCUGCACCUGGACUUAAAGCCAGAGAACAUACUGUGUGUUAGUCAGACAGGACAUCAGAUUAAGAUCAUUGACUUCGGACUUGCCAAAAGGUACAAGCCUCGGGAGAAGUUGAAGGUGAACUUUGGCACUCCUGAGUUCCUUGCCCCAGAAGUGGUGAAUUAUGAGUUUGUCUCAUUCCCUACGGACAUGUGGAGUGUGGGAGUCAUCAUUUAUAUGCUACUCAGUGGUUUAUCCCCAUUUCUAGGGGAAACAGAUGCAGAGACCAUGAACUUCAUUGUGAACUGUAGCUGGGAUUUUGACACUGACUCAUUUGAAGGACUGUCAGAGGAGGCCAGGGACUUCAUUUCCCGGUUGCUGGUCAAAGAGAAAAGCUGCAGAAUGAGUGCCACACAGUGCCUGAAACAUGAGUGGUUGAAUAAUUUGCCUGCCAAAGCUUUAAAAUCUAACGUUCGUCUCAAAUCUCAACUAUUGCUGCAGAAAUACAUGGCUCAGAGGAAAUGGAAGAAACAUUUUUACGUGGUGACUGCUGCCAACAGGUUAAGGAAAUUUCCAACCUGUCCUUAAUCUUCAACUCUGCAAGUGCUUCCAUAGACCUAGGAAUUGAAACCAGUGAUCAAGUGAUGACUUAAAAGUCUAAGUGAUCUCUCCUUUUGAUGACUGAUCCCACUUAUUUUGUAUAAAAGGUUAUGGCUGUUGCUUCCCUUGUGGAUGAAAAGGUGACUAAAGUGACCCAUGGAUAUUUUUUCUGCCUUAUAAUAGACUAUUGCAUUUAUUUCCCAAGUAUGCCAACUUUUGGUUAUAAGUAUAGGCAUGUUUCUACUUUGCAAAUGUCAAAUUUGAAUUCUAUAUGGGGUAAUCUCACUAAUGCACAGAAAUUGAGAAAUAAGAACAGAAAGGGGAAACACAAAGCAGAACUUGGAUUUGGUUUGGUGUAUUCACCAAAGCAAAGGACUUUGGGGAUAGUGGUGGGGAUUUCAGGUCCUGGUAAAUGAUGGUGGAGGAGAACCUAGGCGGGGGGUGAAGGUGUUUUGCAGAAAACUGAGAAAUGUUACACAUAUCUACAACUGUAUUUACUGUAAACCAUUAAUCCCCCAAUAAAAAAAUAAAAAUACUGAAUUCUAAAUUUUCUCUUAUUAAAGAAUUCAGUAGACACUGGACAUGUUAUUUGGUGUUAUCCCUUCAAGUACAAAGAGUCCCUAGAAUUUAGCUUGCUCAGUGUGAGCUGAUGUUUUCUUAACUUCUUUAUUUUUAAAUAUUUAUGUAUUCCCUUUUGUUGUCCUUAUUGUUUUAUUGUUGUAGUUUUAUUAAUGUUGUUGUUGUUGGAUAGGACAGAGAGAAAUGGAGAGAGGAGGUGAAGACAGAGAGGGGGAGAGAAAGACAGACACUUGCAUUCUUGUUUCACCACUUGUGAAGCAACUCCCCCACAGGUGGGGAGCCGGGGCUCAAACCAGGAUCCUUAUGCCGGUCCUUGUGCUUUGCGCCACGUGUGCUUAACCCGCUGCGCCUCUGUGCAACUCCCAUGAGCUGAUAUUUUAAUAUAUGUAAUGUGAUAUGAAUUUGGGAUAAUGGUCUUCAAAUUUGUUUUAGUUUGUGACCACUUUUGAGAAUCAACAUAUAUAUACUUCUAUAUUCUUUUACACUUAAAAUGUACCAAUUGUAACUAAAUGGCUAAAUCAAAACAAUAAUAAUCUUGAAUGUGUUCUUAACACAUUAAACAAUAAAAAUAAUCUUUAAUGUAUUUUUUAAAUCAAAACACUAGGACAGUGAGAACAGCUUAAUAGUUAUGAAAACAACUUUCUUGCCUGAGCAGUGCCUAGUUUCAAUCCCCUUGCACCACCAUUAGUCAGAACUGGGCAGUGUUCUGGUAAAU